AUGUCAUCCACGAAUAAAUCAAUAAAUCAGCGCCCUACAUCACUAGAGGGCAGCAGGAAUGAUAAUACUCCAAUUCGCUCAAGCGACAACAAAACUAUUCGUCCUACUAAGAGGCCGGCGCUGUCAUCUCCCUCUAGCAAAGAAGACGCCCCAUUGACAUGCGAGGGGAUUCGUAUAAUCAUCGAUGAUGCAUUGAAAAGUCAUUUAAGUGAGCUGAUAGAUGAGUUCAGUGCAAGAAUGCGGGCUAUAUUGGAUAUCGAACUUCGACAAGUAAAGGACGAGCUUCAAGACGUAAAACAAGCAAUGCAAUUUGUGAAUGAACAGUUUGAAGACAUUGAAAGGGAGCACAAAACAAGUCAGAUCUGUAUUAAAAACUUACAGGAGCAGAAUACUUUUAUGCUUUCAAAUAUUACUGAUUUGAAAUCACGAAUAAACCAGCUUGAACAAGGCACUCGAUCGAGAAACAUAGAAAUACAGUGUCUCCCUGAAAAAAAGUCAGAAAACCUAGUGUCCAUAGUGAAAAAGCUAGGCAAAACUAUUUCAUGUGAAAUCAAGGAUGAAAAUAUCAUGCAUCUACCAUAUUGUACAGUGUCAGCAGCUCAGGACUCGCUUACUAAGAUUGAUCCCUUACAUCCACCCCUUGAGGCUAAUAUAUCGAUCGUGGACAGUAAGGAUCUUAAUAUAAAUUCAAACAAUAGAAAAUUAAACUAUUAUAAGGCCGAUUAUGAGGCCAUUCGGGGGGCUCUGUCAGGGAUUGACUGGAAUUCAGAGCUGGCGGAAUGCACAAAUGUCAAUUCAAUGAGUUCAGAUUAUCAGAGUACGUAUAAUUAUCAUUUCAAGUUAAUUAGUAAGAUUAAUCGGUUUAGUGGUUAUGGACGCGUCUUUCGUGCUGCAUUCAAUAUUAUUUUGUGUUUUAUAAACCAAAAUUAUGAAGUGUCUACCGCACGCUGUCUCAUCACCGAACCAUGGCCCCAGGAUCACUCCUAUGGACUGUCAGAUGGACAACAUUUCGACUUCAUCAUCAUAGGCUCAGGUGCUGGAUCUGUUCUGGCCAACAGGCUAUCAGAGGUCGAAGGUUGGAAAGUUCUCCUUAUAGAAGCAGGCAGUGACCCUCCAAUGGAAAGUAUUGUUCCAAACUAUGCUUCAGCAACAUUUCAGAGCCGAAAUUCCUAUCCCUAUUACACAGAACCUGGUGAAAACUUUUGUCGGGGUUGUAUCGAUCAGAUUACAUUUUGGCCUAGAGGAAAAGCUCUUGGAGGCACGUCUAGUAUAAACGGAAUGCUUUAUAUGAGAGGCAGCCCUGGAGACUACGAAAAGUGGCAUCUAGAAGAAGGUGACGGUUGGGAUUGGCCAACGCUGAAGGAGUAUUUCAAGAAGAGUGAAAAAAUGGUAGAUCCCUUUAUUCUGAAUAAUCCAGAAUUAAGAAAAGAACACGGCACAGACGGAGAGUUUAUUGUAGACCAAUUAAACUUCACACAUGGAGACAUUGCUGAUAGACUUACUAACGCUUACAAAGAGAUGGGCUUGAAGUAUUUAGAUGACUUGAACGGGCCUUCUCAAUUAGGUGUGGGCAAGCUUAGAGGUGGUAUUCAUAAAGGACGACGAGUCAGUACCGCUACUGCUUUCUUGAACCCUAUAAGUAAACGAAAAAACUUAUACGUAAUUAAACACACAUUUGUGCAUCAAAUAGAAUUUGAUAAAGAAAAGAAGGCGACAGGAGUUAAAGUAACGCUUAUCUAUGGAGAGUCACAGUUCUUCUUUGCACGUAAGGAAAUUAUUAUAAGCGGUGGUACAGUAAAUACACCCAAAAUUCUCAUGUACUCAGGUAUUGGGCCUAAAAAACGACUAAGAGAUUUAAAAAUUAAAGUGUUAAGUGAUCUACCCGUAGGUAAAAAUCUACAAGAUCAUGUUCGUAUUCCAAUACCAAUAACAUUGGAUACAGGGGCUGAAAGACGAGGUGAAGAAUUCUGGCAAAAAGCUGCCGCUCAGUAUUUGAUAGACCAGACAGGGCCUCAUGCCACGAACUAUGAUCAGCCUAACAUAAAUGCAUUUUUGUCUGUGCCAGAUGGUAAAACUCUUCCCGAUGUGCAAAUAGAUCAUAAUUACUUCGUACCUAAUACAUCUCACGUAGCUACCAUGUGCGAAAAGGUUAUGUUUUACAACGAAAGUAUCUGCAAACAGUUCGUUGAUUGGAAUUCUGACAAAGAAUUGUUAUUUGUGCUGGUCUCUUUGUGUCGUCCUCAUUCUAGAGGUGAAAUAAAUAUACGUUUUGAGAAUACUAUAGAACAUCCCAUUAUACACCCAAGAUAUUUCAGUGACAAGAGAGAUAUGGAAACGUUUGUUAAAGCUUUAAAGAGAGUAUCGGAAAUUGUUAAGACUCCAACGUUUAAAGACAUGAAAGCGGAGCUUAAGAGAAUUCAAUUUGAAGGUUGUGAUGAUUUAGAAUUUGAGAGUGAUGAAUAUUGGGAAUGUAUGGCUCGAACUGUCACGUACCACGUUUUCCAUCCAGUAGGGACCGCGAAAAUGGGAAAACCAGACGAUCCUGAGGCGGUUGUUGAUAGCAGACUACGAGUAUAUGGAGUAAAAGGCUUGAGAGUGGUGGAUGCCAGUGUGAUGCCCACUAUACCCAGUGUUAAUAUUCAAGCAGCCGUGAUGAUGAUUGCAGAAAGAGCUGCUGAUUUUAUUAAAGAAGAUCAUCUGAAAUCACAAAACGAAACUGUGACGAAAGAUGAAUUGUAA